AUGAACUUCCCGAACAUCUCGAAGAAGAUGGUGGCCCCGGGAGGGGGGGGGCUGAAGCACAGCGCGGGGGACGACAAGGGGGGGGAACACAUCACGGGGAACUUCGACCCCACGGCACUGGAAAGAGGAGCGAAGGCUCUGAAGGAGCUCGACCAGUCGUCGAACUCGAAAAAGGCAUUCGAGCUAAUCAAGCUCCAGGAACUGACCAAGCAGAAGGAAUAUGAAAAACAAAUGGAAGAGCUAUCACUACAGAAAGCGCAAUACCUUAGCAAUAAAAUGAGGAUUGAAAAUGAGGAGAAAAGGAAAACUAUUAACUACCAACAGGAGCAGGAGAGAAUCACAGCUGAAUACAAAACCAGACUUGAAGCAGAAGCAUAUCAGAAAAAAUUACUAGAUCAACAGAGGCAAAACGAAGAAUGGCUAAAAAAUCAACAUGAACAAUAUUUGAGGCAAGAAAACAUUCGAAAGAGAAACGAGCUGGAAUUAUUAAAUUUAAAAAUGAAACAAAUCAAAGAAGAAAAACUCUUGGAAAGAGAAAACAUCAAGGCAAAAAUACAAGAAGAAAAUAAAGGACUCAUAGAAAGAGAAAGGAAAAAUCUUGACAUACAUUUGAAGACGUUAAGAUUGAAAGCAGAUGAGGAAAGGAAAACCAAGUUAGAAAGUAUAAAUAAAUAUUUUGAGCAGUUUAAUAAUUCUAUGUUUUUAUUUUUAAAUGAUAAGGAGAGGUUGUACCGAUUUGUCCUGGUAGUUACGCUCACAUCUGUUGGGAUUUACACAACGAAGCACACCACUAGACUGAUACGAUCCUACGCAGAAACGAAACUGGGGAAGCCAAAGCUCAUACGAGAAACGUCCCUAUGGCAUAUUAACAAAUUUUUUGACAUUUUUAACAUAAAAAAGAACAUUGUUUUGAUGAAAAAAGUUUUAAAAAGAAGAAACAAAAAUCAGGAGAGUAACUUCUUUACCAACAUCGUUUUAAAUGAAGAGUUACAAGAAAAGUUAAGCUGGUCAAUUAAUAGCUUAACGAAUUCGAAAAGGUAUGACCUUUAUUUGAAGAAUAUUUUACUUCAUGGUCCACCAGGUACAGGAAAAACUUUGUUUGCAAAAACGCUAUCCCAUUUUAGCAAUUUCGAUUAUAUAAUAAUCAAUGGAGGUGAUGUGAGUGCCCUGGGGGUUCAUGCUUCGGUAGAGUUAAACAAAAUUUUCGAUUUUAUAAAGCGAAGGAAAAAUAAGAAAUGUGUCAUUUUUUUUGAUGAAGCUGAAGCGUUUCUUAGAAGAGGGAGAAAUGAAUCAUCGGCUCACUUUUCAGAGAGCCUUCGGAACGCAUUGGCUACUUUCCUCUACCACACAGGAACGGAAUCAAAGAAAUUCUGUAUCAUUUUAGCUACCAACUGUAGGGAGAUCCUGGACCCAGCUGUCAUUGAUCGAAUUGAUGAGCAGUACAUUUUUGAUUUCCCAAAAAUUACCGAAAUUAGAAAAAUGCUUUCUCUUUAUUUUAAUAAAUACGUCUUCCCUUUGAAGAAGUACGACAUACUUGUCGACUCUUCAAUCGAUGAUCUCUACUUGGAUGUUUUAGCUAGUCGUCUCGUUGGUUUAUCCGGGAGACAGAUUUCUAAGCUUUGCCUGAACAUACAGAACUGUGUGUUCGGUAGCAAUUCUAAGGUUGUUUCGAAGGAUCUGAUCGAUUUAAUCGUUAGUUGGAACUUAAGCAAUUCGUUUGAAGCUCGCGGGGAGAUGCAGACAAACAUGCACGGCGCUGCUCCUACCCCAAGGGGAUCCGCCAGUGGGAUCUCGCCUGGUGCCAAUAAAGAGGGCGAAUCAAAAUCCGGGGAAAACUCCGGGAAGAACUCUGGACCCGACAUGGGCGUCUGCAGGGGUGCAAACAUGGAAUCCAACUUGGGGGGGAAAUCCAGCACCGUAACAGCCUCCAUGGCAAGAUCGAUGACAGGGCUCAAUGGGGAUGAUUCAAAAGAGGAAAAUUCAACUCAGACGAAGAACAAAGUAGUGAUGCAGAACUGA